AUGCACAACUGGUUUCGUCUCGCACAAAUGGACGUGGACAAGCUACUAACUCAACUCAACGGCCAGUCGUUCGACGUUGCAAAAAGCGUAGAGCCAUCUAUUCUUGCAGAACUGACCCGAAAGGCGAAGGCAGUAUUUCAAGCGCAACCUGUGCUUCUAGAACUCGUUCCACCACUUGUUAUAUGUGGCGAUAUACAUGCUCAGUACAAUGACUUACGUCGCAUAUUCAGCCAACUUGGACAGCCGCCCACAACUAGAUAUAUCUUCCUUGGAGAUUAUGUAGAUCGAGGGCCACAAAAUUUGGAAACGAUUGUAUUGUUGCUGUGCUACAAAGUCAAGUAUCCAGCUUGUUUCUAUCUUGUUCGCGGAAAUCACGAAACAAGUCCGGUCAACGCCAUCUAUGGAUUCAAGUCAGAGCUUGAACAGAGAUAUGGCCAAAGAGAUAACAUCGGCCUGUUUUGGAUGUUCAAUGAUGCGUUUGCUCAAAUGCCGUGUAGUGCUCUAAUAGGAGAUCGGAUUCUCUGUAUGCACGGAGGCCUGUCGCCGGCACUGACUGAAAGAGAUCAACUACGACUUAUUAAACGCGGAUGGCAAGAUCCUCAAGGCGUCAAUAUAGCAAUGGAUUUGCUUUGGUCUGAUCCUGAGCCUGGAACAAAAGGAUGGAAGUCUAGUCCGAGGGGGUGCAGCUAUUUAUUUGGAGAUGAUAUACUGUCAGAUGCGUGUCGUAAACUUGAUGUGGACGUAAUUGUAAGGGCUCACCAAGUUGUACAGGAUGGAUACGAAAUACAUCCAACUCAAAAAUUGGUUACUGUGUUCUCUGCACCAAACUAUUGUGGAGAGGCAAGAAAACAUUGA